AGAGAGCUGAAGGUGGAUGCUAAGGAAGAUCCCAUAACUCCUCAUCGCCAAUUCUCAGAAUGAACAUGUAUGUGGGUCUGCUGGCCGUGGGCAUUGCUCUGUGCCUGCAGUGCCAGGUUGAUGCAGAAUCCAUCAGCAAGAGUUUGAUUGUGAAGGCUGUGGCUGAAGCCAAGGCAAAUGUGGACGCAGCUUAUACAUACUCAAGGAAAACGAGCCUGGAUCGAGUGAAGAGGAGUGGAGCAAGCCCUGGUAGCGUUAUCCCAUUGUUGAAGCAGCCCUCUGGCCUGUCCCGUGAGGCUGUGCGUGCUGCUGACUACAUGCAAAACGCUCUGAGUCUGCUCAGAGGGGCCCUGGAGAAGCGUCGAAAGCGUUCCAUCAAUGCCACAGAUCUUAUCUCUGAGGAGGAUCUGGGUGUAAUUGCAAAACUGACAGGAUGUGCAGCACAAAUUAGACCUCCUUCAUGCGAUGAAGUCCCCAAAAGUUUUCGAACAGCAGCCAGCUCCUGCAACAACCUUGAAAAUCCACGCUGGGGAUCUUCAAACAUUCCUUUCCUGCGCUGGCUGCCUGCUGAGUAUGAAGAUGACCUGACUAGUCCUAAGGGUUGGACAUCUGACCUGAGAGUGAACUACCACCUUCUUCCUCUGGUAAGAGAGGUGUCCAACCGAAUCCUGGCAACAGCUAACGAGGAAGUAGAGAGUGACCCUCUCUACAGUCAUCUGGUGACGAUCUUCGGCCAGUGGACGGACCAUGAUCUGACAUUUACCCCCCACUCUCCUUCCAUUGUCUCCUUCAAUAACAACAUCAGCUGUGAACAUAGCUGUGCUCGUACUGAGCCAUGCUUUCCUAUUGAGAUUCCCAGCAAUGAUGACCGCUUCCAAGAAGAGCCAGCGGAAUGCCUGCCCUUCUCCCGCUCUGCACCAGCCUGUGGCUCUGGGAAUACGGGACAUAUCUUUGGUGCCAGCACUCUGCGUCAACAGAUGAACACUCUCACGUCUUUCAUUGACGUCGGUCAGGUGUAUGGUUCUGAUGAGGCAAAGGCUCAGAGUCUUAGAGAUCUAUCUACAAAUAAGGGCUUGAUGAGGGUCAACCCCGAGUUUAAUGACAAUGGCCGAGAACUCCUGCCUUUUACCGCUGAUGGUGCCAACAUGUGCAAGACGAGAGCCCGCAUAACCAAUGAUCCCAACGCUAGAGAGUUGGAUUGUUUUUUUGCUGGUGACGCUCGUUCAAAUGAGAACAUUGGACUGUCUUCUUUGCACACUCUCAUGAUGAGAGAACACAACCGUCUGGCGAGGUCCCUUGCUAAUCUGAACCCUCACUGGGAUGGAGACAAGCUUUAUCAAGAAGCACGCAAAAUCAUGGGGGGAUACAUGCAGGUGAUCACAUUCAGAGAUUACCUCAGGCACAUCCUUGGCCCUGAUAUCAUGUCCAGGCAACUGUCCACCUAUCCUGGCUAUGAUGAAAAUGUGGAUCCCAGCAUCUCCAAUGUGUUUGCCACAGCUGCAUACAGAUUUGCUCAUUUGAUGGUCCAGCCUUUUAUGUUUCGGCUUGAUGAGAAUUAUGAGGAUCACACUGACUACCCCACCCAGCUGUUUCACAAAACUAUGUUUACUCCAUGGAGAAUCGCUUUUGAAGGAGGUUUGGAUCCAAUCCUGAGGGGCCUUGUGGGUCGCCCGGCAAAACUGAACACACAGGAUCAUAUGAUGACUGAAGAGCUGAGGAAUAGACUCUUCAAGUUCUCUGUGGAGCUGGCUAUGGAUCUGGGAUCUUUGAACUUGCAAAGAGGCAGAGACCACGGACUUCCUGGCUAUAACAAGUGGCGCGGUUUCUGUGGACUCUCACAACCGCAAAAUUUGGAAGAGUUGGCUACAGUGAUGAACAACACGGAUCUUGCACAGAGACUGAUGGAUCUUUAUGGCACACCUGACAACAUUGACGUGUGGCUUGGGGGAGUAGCUGAGCCGUUUGUUGCCGGGGGAAGAGUGGGGCCUCUGUUUGCUUGUCUGAUUUCCACUCAGUUCCGGAGGAUCCGCCAAGGAGAUCGAUUUUGGUGGGAGAAUGAUGGAGUCUUCACUCAUGCUCAGAGAAGGUCCAUAAGGGACACAUCACUUGCCAGGAUCAUUUGUGACAACACUGGCAUUACAGAAGUACCCGACCAACCCUUCCAGUACCGUCCCCGAGGUUCUGGGUAUAAACAGUGCAAUGACAUCCCAGCCUUUGACCUCAGUCCAUGGAAGGAGGAUUAUGAGUCAUCUGAAACCAGUGACGAAGAAGCAGAAGGACCCCGAGGACCACCAGGACCACCAGGACCUCAAGGCCCACCUGGACCUCCAGGCCCACCUGGACCUCCAGGCACAGUGGAGAAAGUUGCAUUUUCUGUACGUCUAGGCAGCAACUUCCCCAAAGCCGGUGCCCCCAUUGCCUUCCGUGAUGUCAUCUACAACGGGCAAAACAGCUAUAGCCCCAAAACAGGCCUUUUCACCUGUGUACACCCAGGAGUUUAUGAGUUCCAGUUCCACUGCACAAUAUCUGACACUGCCGCUAGUGUGGAUCUUCUGCAGAAUGGAGAGCUGAUUCUGCAUUCAUAUACCACUAAGCAAAGCGGCUACAUCACAGCCAGUGGCAGCACCUACAUCAAGCUCCAGAAGGGAGACAAGGUGUGGUUGGUGGCAAACAACGGUGGAAAUGGUCUCACAAGUGACAGCUACUUCUCUGGACAUCUGCUAUUUGCUAAGUGAGAGGGCUGUAACAAAUGUUCCCUACAUGAAUCCUAACUUGUUAUCUUGUGUCUAAUUUUACUUGUAAAAUAUUUUCUGCUUCAAUGUUGGCUUGUGUUAUUGUCCCCAACCUUACUGACAACAUUCUUUUUUAAAUAUUUUAUCCUGGCUUCAUUUGAAGUCAAAAAUAUG